AUGGCCGGAAAGAAGGCGCGUAAGAACGCGCAGCCGAGCCCCGCACGGACAGAGCUGGAAGUGGGGGGUGCUGCUCAGCUCAGGAGACUGGGAGACAAACUGAAUUUCCGGCAGAAACUUCUGAAUCUGAUAACCAAAUUCUUCUGCUCAGGAACCUGACUGCAACAAAACUUGUGCAUAAGGGAACUCCUUCGAAAGGGAAGUUUCCCACAAUAGGUGCAAGUGGUACAAAUUUCAUAAAUUCGAAGAGCGGUCUCAUUGCAUGUAAUUGAGGAGUGAGAAGGAGCAUUCACUCGCUGUGGAUGCCCUUGAGAAGUGAAGAUGGAAUACCUCAGAAGAAUUUCUGUGGGAAGG